AUGCAGAUUUUUAACGUCAUGCCGCUUGUGGCUCUUUUUGCCCUGGGCGUUACAGCCGCCCCUAUGCCAACAACUACGGACAUGCAAGCCUCCCCUGCAAACCGGGUAGAUUCCACAAUCCUGCCAGCUCAACAUUUUGACAACAUUCACCAAAAGCGCCAGUCUUAUUACGUGUGCCGUGACUGCAACAGGCAAUUCAAAACUGAAAAGGCGUUGCAAAACCAUAAAGACAGCACGAUUCACCCUUGA